AUGGUUUCCUCAACCUUUUCCGACAUGUUAAAAUCUCCUUACCACCCUGAUCACAUUUUCGGCGACGAAGAUACAUGGUACGAUGCACCCGCCGACUUACCACACCAAGAAAUUGAAGAAUAUUUUGAUGCUCUCAAGAACCAGAAUCUUCGUAUCGGUUUGGCUUUAUCCUUCCUAACAGAGAAAAAGACCAACAGAUUUGUCAACAAUCCAGAACGGAAUUAUUGGCCUGUACUACCUACAGCCACUCUCCGUAACGAUAUCGACACCUUUGUUACAGAAGAAAAUCUUGGUAAUGAUGAUCCGGAAUACAUUCAACUUCAGGCCAUAUGCGCAAAACUUUCGAACUUGCAUGAGACUCAUGAGCGUGACAUCGAGGUAGAAGACCAUACGAUCAAUAUGACGCUCCAAAAGCUUUGGGCUGUUGGAGAAACCUUAUACGAGCCGGAUAAUAUCUAUACUGGCUCUGAUUAUAAGAGAAAGAGAGAUUUGGUCUUGGAGAGAAUUAAUGAGUGUUCUCGGACAAAGGAACGUCUUGAGAAUGAAUAUAUCGACACCGUAUCAAAGCUUUCAAAGGAAGCGCGGGCAAUCUCACAAGAAUGGAAGAGGGAACGUAGAGAGAGCGAAGACGAAUUGGCCGAACAACAGAUGCGGGCGAACAACUCAGAUACACAACGACGUCUCCAGGAUGCAUUGAGAGAGAAGGCGAUAUUGGAAGGCACAUUGAUUGUUUUUCAAGCCGAUAACGAGUUACUUCAGACCCAUUUAGAUCGAUUUCAAGAAGGUUAUAACCAUCUUCGAAGAUUGAGAGACGGUGUGUUGGGAGAACGCAAUCAGACCAUCAAUCGUGCGAUCGAAGAACGAAACAACGAACGACUUCGAGUUCGAAAUCUUCAAGCCCAUAUCGGGGUUCACCGUGAAGUGAUUAUUCUCGAAAGAAGUCGACGAGAUAUUGCGCGAGAGAACUGCAGCGGGUUGCUGAGAAGUCUGGAUAUGGCAAGAGGAGAGUUGACAUCGGUCAGAAGAGACCUGUUGGAGGCCAGAAAUAGGGCAGAUGAUUUGAAUCAAGGCGUUGAUCUACUCAAGAUGAGAUUGAGUGAUCAAAUAAACUGGAGUGAUGAGCUGGAGAUGAAUGCAAUGCAAGGAGAGGUAUUCAACAGAAUGACUAGAACAUGGGAGCCUUCAGUUUAUAAGCGUAGACUUGAGGAGUAUGAGGAUCGCGAGAUGGAAGAGAGAACAGCAAAGCGUGCGCGCAACUACUAG